GACACGUGUGCGCACCCGGAAGCGGCGGCGGGACCGGCCCGGCCCGGGCGGAGGCCAGGAUGAUCCCGGGGCUGGGCCCAGGGCUGCAGGCACUGCUGGGCACUCUGCUCACCUGGGCCCUGACAGCAGCAGGGUCGGCGCUGGUGUUCGUGUUCUCCAGAGGCCAGAGGCGGAUCCUGGAUGGGAGCCUGGGCUUUGCUGCAGGGGUGAUGCUGGCAGCCUCCUACUGGUCCCUGCUGGCCCCUGCCAUCGAGCUGGCCCAGGAGUCCGGCACCUUUGGGGCCUUCUCCUUCUUCCCCGUGGCUGCUGGCUUUGCCCUGGGGGCAGCGUUCGUCUACGGGGCCGACCUGCUGCUGCCAGAGCUGGGGUUCCCUGGCGCUCCCCACGCCGCCCUGGCCCUGAGCUGCGAGCACAGAGCCCCGAAGGAGAAGCAGGAGCAGGAGCAGAGCCCUGGCUGGGAUCUCGGCAGCAGCAGCAGCAGCGAGCUGGCCAUCAGGAUAGGUAGAGCUGGGCUGCAGCCAGACAAGGCUGAGAACGGGGAGCCCUACCAGAGGAGGAGAGGAGCGGGGUCCCCCCUGCCCGAGAGCCCCCCAGCAUUCCCAGCAGCCCAGGACGGAGCCCCCCUGGCCAGGAGCAGCAGCUGGAGGAGGAUUUUGCUGAUGAUCCUGGCUAUCACCAUCCACAACAUCCCAGAGGGCCUGGCAGUGGGAGUUGGCUUUGGAGCUGUUGGGAAAUCCCAGUCUGCCACAUUCCAGAGUGCCAGGAAUUUAGCCAUUGGGAUUGGCAUCCAGAACUUCCCAGAGGGCCUGGCUGUCAGCCUGCCCCUGCGUGGCGCGGGAUUUUCCACCUGGAAAGCGUUCUGGUAUGGGCAGCUGAGCGGGAUGGUGGAGCCCCUGGCCGGGCUCCUGGGCGCCUUUGCCGUGGUGCUGGCGGAGCCGCUCCUGCCCUACGCGCUGGGGUUUGCUGCUGGAGCCAUGGUGUACGUGGUGAUGGACGACAUCAUCCCCGAGGCACAGACCAGUGGCAACGGCAAGUUGGCAUCCUGGACCUCCAUCCUGGGCUUUGUGGUGAUGAUGUCCCUGGACGUGGGGCUGGGCUAGGGCAGGGCUGCACUGCCAGGAGGACACAGCAGAGCCCCGCGCCGCGGGAUCGGAGCCGCGCACUAGCCUCGGCCCGGGACUGGAUCUGUACAUAGAAUUUUGGGAUCUGGUUUGGUGUUGAUUUCCUCUGAUUUUGUAUCUCCCCCUCCCCUCUGAGUUCCUGGCGAUGGUUUCCAAGCACAAAUACGGGUGGGUCCUCCCAGAUCCUGGUUGGGGUUUCCUCUUGGGAGGGGCGUUGGAUGAACGCUGGGCUGGUUUCUCCAGGGAAUUUGGGAUUUUGAUCCUCUCUGUUCUGGCAGAGGUUGGGAAUUCCCUGCCCUGUGUGGAGGCUGGUCUGGGGUCUUGAAAUGGAGUAAUCUCCUUAUGGAGUGUGGAAUUGCACCCUUUUUUGGGAAGGCUGAAGGCAUUGGGGCUGUGAUGAGCCAUGGGAUCACAGGUCUUCCACACCCUGCUGCUCCUCAGGAACGCUGCAGGGAUUGCUUUGGAUGCAUGGAGAUAGUGCAGGCAAAUAAAGAUGAAUUUUCUUGGGA